CCUUCUUAUAUCUGCCUGAGCUAAUUUCUGGUCGAAAACAACCCUUGCCUACUACUAGCUAUCGCCCAAUUCCUUGAUAACCCACAUAGGAGUGGUAAAACCUCUUCCCCUCUCUCUUCUCUCCCUCCAAGCCCUAAUCUUUACCCUUUCAAACUAAAUUGUAUCUGUAGAUUUUCGAGAUUGGUUUCUAGAAUUAGGGUUUUAAUACAAAACCUAGGUGUUGUUUUUUCCCCUUAAAUUUCCUUCGGUGUUGUUUUUUCCCCUUAAAUUUCCUUCGGUGUUGUUUGAAGUCAGGAGUGUAUUGAUUGUGAAAUUCAUGGGGGGAGGUGAUUAUCAUAAAAGUAAACGGCGGAAAAGUAAAAAGAAGUAUUCAGAAGAUACAAGUACCUCUGAUGAAUCCUCUGAAUCAUCAUCAGCUAUGAGUUCUGAUAGUGAAGAUACUCAGGAAAGGAGGAGAUCCAGACGUAGACAUAGAGAUGACAAACAUAAGAAGAGGUCUGGAAGGGAGAAAGAAAGAGGCCAAAAGCAUAGAAGAAAAAGUAAACAUAGAAAAGAUGACAAGAGGAAAGAAGAGAAAAGGAGGAAAAAAAGGGUUAGUGAUAAUGACUCUAGUUCAUCAGGUGAGGAUUUGCUAAUAUCUCCCAAGAACCCAGAGGUCAUCCUUGGCAAUAUGUUAACUGAAUUCCCAGACAUGCUUGGUGAUUUGAAACGGCUUUUGCAAAUGAUUGAUGAUGGACAAGCUGUUGAUACAAGGGGAAUACCUGAUAAAUCUUUGAUGAAAAUUUUGAGGAAGUUGUUUUUAAGUUUGAAUCUCAAAGAAAAUGAUACUGGUGUUUUCUUCCUGCCUCCGAAGAUUUGUCCCACUUUAGAAGUUCUUGGGCCAUUUAUUUCUUCACAUCUAAGUCUUAAAGGCGAAGAAGUUAUGCCUUCUGAAUUACCUGGUCAACAGGCAACUGAUGACGCUAAAGAGUCUCAAGCGGCAGAGUUAUCUCCCAAGGAUGAGUCUACUGGUCCAAGGAGAAGAAUGAUGGGUCCUGAAAUGCCAUCUGCGGAGCUAUUAGCUGCUGCAGCCAGACUAACAGAAGCUGAAGCUGAGCUGAGGAAUGCUGAGACUGAAGCUGAUGAUGAUGGUUUAUUUGUAGGUCCUCCGCCACCUGCCUUGGUUGCUGAAGCUGCAUCAGCAAAUGAGGCUGAACGCUUUGAAGAGGUCACAAGAAUCAUGGGAGCUAAAGUUGAUUCUGCAUAUGAUGUUCUCGGAGUGAACCAUAAUAUGUCCGGUGUUAACAUUAAGAAAAGGUAUUGGAAGAUUUCUCUUAUGGUACAUCCUGACAAAUGUACUCAUCCUCAGGCCAAUGAGGCAUUCAUCAGGCUGAAUAAAGCUUUUAAAGAUUUACAGGAUCCAGUGAAGCGGAAAGCAACUGAUGAUAAAAUUAAGGAGGAAGAGGAGAAGGAGAAGUUUAAGGCUGAGUUAAAAGUAUUGCGCGAGGCUGCACAAUGGAGAAAGUUGCAAGGUAUAUCUCUUGCCGGUGAUGAUGAGCUUCUGGAAGAAGUAAAAUUGCCACCAAAAAGAGAUGACUGGAUGACUACUCUUCCUCCUGAAAGGAAAGCACCUACAGCUGCAACUAUGCAGUCAACAACAUCUUUUAGUAGGAAUGCUAGAGAAGGACGUGGUGAUACUAGCGCUUGGACAGAUACUCCUUCGGACAAGGCCCAGAAAGCAAAACUGAAUUAUUUAGAGGCUUAUGAUCAGGCUACUGCACUUGCUGCCAAUGAGGACAAGAAGCGAACAACUCCAGAUGCUGAAUUAGUCGAUCUUUAUAACCAAGCCAAACGUUCAAAAUCAUUGGUGCAGAAGCACCAGGAAGAGGCUACUGGCAGUCGUUUGAAAAAGAAAUCGAAAGAGCGGCCAAAAAAAGGAGAAUGGGAAGGACAACACCCUUGGAAGCCUUGGGAUCGAGAAACAGACUUGACAGCAGGACGACAGAAAGUGAACUUGGACGGGAAGAACAUGACAGAGGGAUUGACUUCCCGGUUUUCUUCAGGAACCGUGCAAAGAAACUUUUUGUAGGAUUCGUUCGUAAUCAUUCAAUCACUUGACGCUUUAUUUUUUUGUUUAGUGUAGUAUGGUUUCGUGUAUUUUCUUUCUUUCUCUUUAAAUGAACUUUUCAUGUAUUAGUGAAUUGUACACCUACAGGAUCACAGAAAAUUCUCAUAGCAAACAAAUGAACAAUGCUUAAAUUUC